UUGCUCCUUGCACAGACUGCUGGCCCGCCUUCAUACAAUGAUCAGUACAGAUAACACACUGGUAGCUGUAUUCUCUACUCUCUAUAAUUUGCUUUAAAGAAGCAAUGAAGGACAUACUUGUACUGCUGUUCCUGCUGAAUGCUCAAACCAUCAAGGUCUGCUCUCAACCCUAUCAACCAGGCUCAGAGGGAAGGUGUCUCAACACAGUAACAGAGUACCUCUCAGAUGAUUCUAACCUGUGCUGCAAGAAAUGUUCCCCUGGGCAGCACCGGAAACAAGAAUGCUCCGAAACUACUGAGACCGUGUGUGAACAAUGUCCUGAAAGCACUUACAUGGAGAGCUGGAACUACUAUAAAAACUGCUUCACUUGUAAGAAAUGCAAACCAGUUAAAGGUUUGCAGUACCUCCAGAACUGCACCUCUACCACCAUGUCCAAGUGUGGGUGCCAGCCUGGGAUGUUUUGCAUUAUUGGAUUUGAUGACCCGUACUGUGAUGCAUGUAAAAAGUACAAGCCAUGCAACCGUGGUUAUGGAGUGUCUGUGCAAGGGACAGCUGAUUCCGAUGUGAAGUGUGAACUGUGUCCCAAUGGGACGUUCUCUGAUACAGUCUCCUACACAGACCGCUGCCAGCCUCAUACAAACUGUCAUGGGAGGGUUACUGUUAGAAAAGGCGACGCUACCUCAGACACCAUGUGUGGACCCGAGGCUAUUGUAUCCAGCUCACGGCCUCAAACGUUAACAAAAGAUCCUCACACUGAGAUUGUGUUCACAACUGCAAGUACAGUGACCUCAGAUUCCAGGACUCUACAUGGAGCGACAGACUCCACACAGACUCCAUCUGAUUCAGAUUCAUUCAGCCACUCAACAACAAGCCCACCACCAAGCACAGUAACCAAUAAACUGGCUGUCAUCGCCGUUGUCACUGGAUUAAUAAGCCUACUUCUUUUCAUCGUCAUCAUUCUGGUGUUACGCUGUAAACCAGUCUGGAAGAAAGUCUUUUUUUGCACAGACGCUGCAAAAUUUCAUCCUAAAGUAGAUGCAAAUGGAAAUUGUGAGACCGGUGAUAAAAUCAAUCAGGGUUUUUUGGGGGAAACCCAGCUGACUUCAUUAAAAGUAAGCUCACCAGAACAACAGCUUCUGCUGAAAUCGGAAUCCUGUAGUAGUAACAAUACUGAACCUUUAACCAGAACAGACGGUGGCACCAUCUACGACUCCACCUACCCUCUGCAGUCAAUAAUAGCUCCUAACAAUCCACUUUCUGUUAUGUCGGAGCCUAUGUCUUUACACUCCAACAUAGAGCCUCUUACUUCCCAGACCAGCCUCCCCACACAGUCUUCCUCGCAGCCCACCAGCCCACAGAUCAUCAGCCCCAUGACCACCAGCCCUCACGUCAACGUCAACAUCACUUUCAACAUAGGCGGGACGCCGUCGAUCAUGUCCACAGACUUGAUGCAAGUAGACUCAAAACUCCCCUUUGGAGAGGAAGAGAAGUCGUUUAGCAUCCCACAGCAAGAAGAUGGGAAACAAUCACUGACAUCAGUGCAGGAGAGUACAAGUUGCAGUGCAUGAGGAGUCACCAGCAUGACAGACUGAUGAUUUGUUUUUCAUUCAUACACCAUUGAAAACAAUCUGACUGGCUCCAAGAUGCACUUGUUUGUUUGUUUAUAUGUAUAUAUGAUAUGCUGUACAUAAAGAUGUGAAUAUUGUCUUUCCUCCAGUGGUGCAGAGCAAGUACAAGCAGCUGCACAUUAAAAAGGGAUAUAAAUUAUGAUGCAGUCUGCCGUUAACGUUCAUAUUGUAGAGAGUAGUAUUGUAAGAGUAUUAAAUUACAGCCCCCAUCUUCCUCCAACUCAUCCCAUAUAAAGAUAUAUCCCAUACAUGUUGUAAAAUGUACAAUUUGUGGAAAGUUGUGUAUAAAUAAUACAAUGUGUAUUUUGUGUGACAGAAUUAUGAUUUAAUUUGUUAAGAUUUCAUCAUACUUAUAUGUGUUGUAUAUUGUUGUCAGUGGUAGGGAUGACUUGAUACCCCAACCUUGAGUAUCUGCUGAUACCGAUCCAAUACUGUCUCUUAUAAACAACUAAGUUGUUAGUAAUACAUUUGCAUGGAUGCACUUUGCUUGACCUAGCUAUCUGAAACCAUAAUGCUCAAACUGUGAAACAAAUAUUCCACUUCAAUGAAGGAAAAAUACCUUUAUGGAAUAGUUUAAGCUAACGUAUCGUAUGGGAUUAUACUUUUUUCAUCCGAUCCAGUGAUUUUGGCCAGUAUUGGAUCGAUACACAUACUUAGUAUCGGAUCAGCACAUCUCUAGUCAGUGGUGGCAGGAAAGUAUUUUGAUCUUUUAUCAAAUAAGACAUAUAAAUAUAGUACAAUAGUACUCAUUAGGGAACAGGAAGCUGGUCAGUGUUACAGUGUUAUGAUUGCAUUCGAUUACUACUGACGCAUUACUAUGUAAGCAGUAUUUUAAUGUUGUAGCUGGUCACUGUAGAGCUAAUUGUAACAGCUUUAGGUAUAAAAAGUAUAUUUAUUAAAUGCAAUAAAAUCUCAAUGUCCUCUUAAUUGUAGUAGAGUAAAAUGCACAAUAUUUCAUUUAAUUAAA